AAUACGCUGAGCCUGAUGGAGUUAAGCUCACUGCACUCAUUUUACUUUCAGACACUGAAAAACUGCGAUAUUUUCGAGAUGAUGCUGCAGAGGGUUCAUCCUCGUCAAAUCGGAGGUGUUUUCUUUAACGCUUUUCUCAUUGGAAUCGUCAUAUUAUUGAUCUGUCAAAAUACCACAAUUGCGGAGGAAGUACCAGCUUUUUUCCUGAAAAUAGCAAAAGUACCUACGUUGCCCAGGGUAGGUCGAAGCGGAAGAUUUGAAGAUUUCUUUUACAAAGCUGAGAAGAAUAUACCUCGAAUUGGUAGAAGCAGUCAACAGUCAACCAAUCCUAUGUCGCUGCAAGACGAACAGGAAAUUUACUCUGGUUUAACUAAAAGACGCAUAGAUUAUCCUUCAAAAGUUGAAGAAUGGACCUGGCAGAACUUUCCACUAGCAAUUGAAGGUCCAAGAGAUUUAUGGCGAGCAUUAGCUGGAUAUUCGAGGGAUGGUGACGAUAUCGAGAAUGAAGUGUGGCAGAGAAAGAAGAGAACCGGAACUGAAUCAGCAACCACACAAGAAAAAUAGCAAAAACGUAAAAUUCUUCGCUUCGGAAAAUUUAAAUAUCAUACGGCUUUUACUGUUAUUUGGUGAUGGGAAAUAAUUAAAAUAAUAAAUGCGUAAAUAUAAAGUGAUUUUGCGCCUUUCAUCCUUUUUCAAUUUUUUUGCGCUGAAAAUUUGAAAGUCUCAAUAAAUAAUCAACUUUCUAAAUAAAGACUUAAUUUGUUUUAAAUGACAAUAAUGUACAAUGUAUUAGCAAAAUUUGACAAUUUGUAGGAAAUAUAGUAUUAUCCAGAAUGACCAGAAUACAGAUUAAUAAUAUUGUAUAUUUCAUAAUCAAACAAUUUUAAUGGUUGUUCUUAUCAAUGUUCGAAUAUUUAUCGGAAGACAAUAAAAUCUGAAAAAUUUAA